AGCCAUCUCUACUACCCACCCGGCUCUUCAGAACCGAACAAGGAAAGACAGUAGAGAGGAAAGGGCCUUCCUCCGCGUCUUUGUUACGAUCCGUGACCCCCGUCGUGGGACAGGAGGCCUCGCGCGGACGUGUCCGUCGGGGCUGCGCUCGUAAGGAGGCCUUCGCGCUCGCCCUUCGACCUUGUCGCUCCGGUGGUGGCAGCCUGAGUCUUGCGCGCGUUUUUACACAGGAGAGACUGGGCUCCGAGUGCGACAGUCAGGCCGAGGUCAUCCCACCCAGUGGAGGUGUGGGAUUUCGGCUGAGCCCAGACGCCCGCCCUGUUCUACCGGUUCUCACGACCCAGUUCUUCCCGCGGGAUCCCAUGGCGGCGGCGGCGGCAAUGAUGGACCGGGCUAAGGGUUGUGUGACCUUCGAGGAUGUGUUCGUGUACUUCUCCUGGGAGGAGUGGGAACUCCUUGAAGAAGCUCAGAGAUUCCUGUACCGUGAUGUGAUGCUGGAGAACUUUGCACUUGUGGCCACACUGGGUUGUCAGUGUGAAGCAGACAAUGAGGAGGCACCUUCUGAGCAGAGCUUUUCUGUAGAAGGACUAUCACAUGUCAGGACUUCUGAGUCAGUUCCAUUCAUUCAGAAAACCCACCCAUUUGAGAUGUGUGACCCAUUCUUAAAAGACAUUUUGCCCCUGACUGAACGUCAGGGAUCAUACCCUGUGCAGAAACUGUAUGCAUGUGGGCCAUAUGGGAAAGGAUUUUCAUUCAGUGCAAAAUUUUACCAGCACCAGAAGCAACAUAGUGGAGAGAAUUCCUUCAGGUGGGAUGAUGGAGAGGCCUCAUUUGUGAAGAGCAGUACAGUACACAUGUUAGGGAGACCCUUUACAUGCAGGGAGGAAGAGAUAGACUUGCUGGACAGCUCCAGAAGAGUCAAGCACCAGACCACUCACAAUGGUCACAGAAGGACUGAGUGCAUAGAGUCUUUCCCGUGCAGCUCCAAUCUCGGGCAACAUCAGGGAGUCCAUGAUGAGCAGAUGCUUUUCAACUGCAGUGAUGAUGUGAAAGCCUUCCUGAACACCUAUACUCUUCUUGACAACCAUAUAACUCAUACUGAGGUAAGACCCUUUAGAUGCAUACCAUGUGGAAAUGUGUUUAAGGAGAAAUCAGCUCUUAUUAAUCACAGAAAAAUUCACAGUGGAGAAACAUCUCAUGUAUGUAAGGAGUGUGGAAAGGCCUUCAUUCAUCUGUCCCACCUAAAAAUGCACCAGAAAUUUCACACUGGAAACAGACGUUACACAUGUAGUGAAUGUGGGAAGGCCUUCAGCCGCAAAGACACACUUGUUCAGCACCAGAGAGUCCACACUGGAGAAAGGUCUUAUGACUGCAGUGAAUGUGGAAAAGCUUACAGCAGAAGCUCCCACCUUGUUCAGCACCAGAGAAUUCACACUGGAGAAAGGCCUUAUAAGUGCAGUGAAUGUGGGAAAGCCUUCAGCCGUAAAGACACACUUGUUCAGCACCAGAGAUUUCAUACUGGAGAGAGGCCUUAUGAGUGUAGUGAAUGUGGGAAAUUCUUUAGCCAAAGCUCCCACCUUAUUGAGCACUGGAGAAUUCACACUGGGGCAAGGCCUUAUGAAUGCAUUGAAUGUGGGAAAUUUUUUAGCCAUAACUCCAGCCUCAUUAAACAUCGGAGAGUCCACACAGGAGCUAGGUCUUUUGUGUGCAGCAAAUGUGGGAAAGCCUUCAGCUGCAAAGACACGCUUGUUCAGCACCAGAUAAUUCACACUGGAGCAAGGCCUUAUGAGUGCAGUGAAUGUGGGAAGGCCUUUAGCCGUAAAGACACACUUGUGCAGCAUCAGAAAAUCCACACUGGAGAAAGACCUUAUGAGUGUGGUGAAUGUGGAAAAUUCUUUAGCCAUAGCUCCAACCUUAUUGUACACCAGAGAAUUCACACUGGGGCAAAGCCUUAUGAAUGCAGUGAAUGUGGGAAAUGCUUUAGCCACAAUUCUAGCCUCAUUCUACACCAGAGAGUUCACACCGGAGCAAGGCCUUAUGUGUGCAGUGAAUGUGGGAAAGCCUACAUUAGUAGUUCCCACCUUGUUCAACACAAGAAAGUUCACACUGGAGCAAGACCUUAUAAAUGCAGUGAAUGUGGGAAAUUCUUUAGCCGCAACUCUAGCCUCAUUUUACACCGGAGGGUACACACCGGAGAAAAGCCUUAUGUGUGCAAUGAAUGUGGAAAAGCCUACAGCAGAAGCUCCCAUCUUGUUCGGCACCAGAAAGUUCACACUGGAGAAAGGCUUCAUGAAUGCAACAGUUUUGGUGACCCUUUAGCUGCAUCUCUUAAACUUGUUUAGCUGCAGAAAAUUCACACUAGAGAAAGGUCUUAUGAAUGCAAAAAAUGUGCUCUUUGUUCAACCUAAUAGGACUCACACCAGAGAAAAAACUCUGUGAGUAUCCUUUGUGAGAGAACCAUCCUCCAGCAAGUGAACAUUGUAGAUUCAUAUAUCCACCCUGGGGGACUUUCCAAUAAGCACCACAUACAUGGGACGAUUUCAUGAGGUGUGUUGCACUUUCUGAGCUGUCCAGGGCUCUUGACAGAGUUAUGUUACUGCCAGUGCCUGUGGCAGAAGCCAUCUUAUUCUUACCAGUUGUGUGUGUUAAUCACUCCUUUAUGCUCAGGAAAGGCAGACCUCUGUGCUCUCCUGUUCCCUACAGGUAAUCAUGUUGAGGGUCCUCAUUUCUUCUCUUAUGAUUAGGUUCUGAGUGGACGUGAUCUAGCUCUGGCCAAAAGGUUCUGAGCUAGGGUCUGCUGGUGAUUUCUCGACAAGGUUUUCCUUCUUCGUAGACAGUGCUGACUGUAAACACAAUUGCCAUGGCUUAUUUGUCCUACUGCCAAAUCACCCAACUUUGGAACUGCCUGUCCCAUGCUGCUCUGGUUUAUACAGUGAUAAAGGCCUAUUGUUGUAGCCUUUACUCUUUGGGGUGCUGUUUACUGUUUAGAAUGGAUUGAGAAAAGAUUUGGGUUUGGACAACAUAAUGGUGGACACCACCUUUAUUUGCCUCAGAGGGGAUCACAGUAUGGCAGGGAACAGUUUUCAGUCUAGUUUGGCCUAAUUUGCACAGUUGGCCUACGUCUGCUUGGGAAGACUGAAGAGCUUUGUGUACCUAAUUCUGUGUCCUGUAUAAUAGGAUUUCCUGUGAACCAGGUGUUCAUUCUGAGGAGGGUAUAGUUGGUGUGAAAACUUUCAGUACUUCUGGAAGCAACAUGAGUUGGGUCCCUUGAAUGUCACAUAUUCCCCAGCACUGUUGAGGUAUUACUGGUUUUUGAACCUGUACGGGACACAGUCUCUGGUAUCCAGAAUCCCAUAGGCAAGUGCCAUUGACUGUAAGACCUACAGGGCAAGGUAGAAAUCAUAAUUGGUAGAGAAACACUGAGAUAAUGGAGUGGGGAUGACAAUGGUAAACAAGAGGAGAUUUGUACAUUCUAAGGAGGCAUACUCAAAUGUCCAUACAAUUAUGACAAUGUGGAGUGAGGAUAUACAGAAAUUCUAAGGACCUCUAAACAUGUAUCUCCCAUGGCCAAGGCCACUGUCAGAGUAAAUAAAGGUUUGUGGAUUCCUAUACCUCAUUGGGCUGUUGAACUUAUGGUCAUUACUGCACAGGCAGGAACCCCAGUAUUGACAUAAGAGAGAUACAGGGAUGGUGCUUCUCUGACCCAGUCAGCAUGCCUCGUGACUGAGGUGGACACGGACUUCAUUGCUCUCCAGUUUUUGCUGACAUUGAGGCAGUUUUUGCUAAGUUGUGGGGAGAGGGAUAUGGUAGAGCCAAAAUAGUUGGCAGAUCUGACUUUCCAAGAGGAAUGGUAGAUAUGAAUUUUUAAGGGAAACAUUCAAUUCUUAACAGCUUUAUCGAGGUAUGAUUAACAUGCCAUAAACUGCAAAUAUGUAAAGUAUAAAAUUUGCUAUAUUUCAGCAUGUGUAUACACCUGUGAAACCACCACAACUGAGAUAAUGAGCAUAUAUUCAAAAGAUUCCUUCCGUCCCUUUAUAAUCCUUACUUCCCAGUCCUUCUUAACCCUCUUUCCCACAAUUCA